CACGGUUCGUUUCCGUUCCUGUGGACGCUGGCACUUCACCGCCGCGGCAACGCGCGGGCUGGGUGCUGGCAGACAUGGUGCUCAGAAGAACGGCGCCACGUUGUCCUGUGUGAACUUCAACAGGCGUCAUGGGCUUUAUGGAAAAUGCCGAUGCCAAGCGCCGUCGGUUGGAUCCCCCCACCGAUGUGGACGCUUUUGCGGCCCGUGGUAAUCGGCCACAACUGCACCCCACGCCCACGCCACCGGCCGGGCUGAGAGCAGGCCUCCACCCUCAGUUGCAUCCAAACCUGCAGGCCGCGCCCCCGGCCACCACGCCGGUCCCGGCGCCCGCGGCUGGAGAGUUGCCCUCAGGGCCGCGGUACCAGACGCAGUGCGUGUUGGGAAGAGGAUCUUUUGGCACAGUCUGCAAGGCCAUCGAAGUGCGUUCCCGCAAGACGGUGGCCAUCAAAACGGUGGCUCUGAGCGGUGCUGGAAGAGAGAUGGAAGUGCUGCGCCGACUCAGUGGAAAUCCCAACGUUGUCAGCCUACUCGGAGCCUUUGAAGGCGUGGACCCCGAGGCGCGUACGCUGAAUUUUGUGCUUGAGUACAUCGAGGAUACUCUGGCACGGAUCAUCAAGCACCAUCGACAACAGGGCACCGAGAUGGAUUUCAACUUUGUGCGAAUCUACAUGUACCAACUCUUACGGGGUCUUGGUAGCUUGUACCGAGAAGGAGUGGUACAUCGAGAUAUCAAACCUGCGAACCUCUUGGUGGAUCCCGCCUCCUAUUGCCUCAAGGUUUGUGACUUCGGUACAGCCAAGUGGGUGAACACCAAUGAGGUCUCGCAAGCCUAUGUGUGUUCACGCUUCUAUCGGGCACCUGAGCUCAUUCUCAGCACACGAGAUCAUAACACCUCCGUGGAUAUGUGGGCUGCUGGCUGCGUCUUGGGAGAGAUGUUACUACACCAGCCACUCUUCGCUGGGAAGGACGGCAUCGAUCAGUUGUUCAAGAUCAUGGAGAUCUUGGGAACACCCAACGCACACCAACUCAGUCAGAUGAACUCCUCCUAUGAUGCUGGAGCUGUCUUCACGCACGUGCCGCCCCUGAAGUGGAGCAAAGUGCUGCGUGCGCGAUGGAGUGCACAGGCCGAAGCACUGUUGACGAUGAUGUUGCAGUACGACCCAAAGUUGCGGCCGAAUCCAAUGGAAGCAAUGGCCACGGAUUUCUUCACGGAGCUCCGGAAGAAUCCGCCCAAGGUUCGCAUCGCCUCAGAGUUCUUUAACUUCACCGAUCAGGAGAUGAGUAGCUGCAAACCCGAGCUGAUGCGGAAACUGAUGCCCGAGAAGCGCCUGCCCGGUGCUCCAUUCUGAGGGGCUCAAAGUGGCCCCUUUCAAACCGUGAAGUUCAUCGGCUCAGGAGCCAUGGAAUCAGGUGGUAAAGCCGUGACUGGAGAUGUUUUU